AAAAUGGCAAAGGUCAUCACAAGAUAAAGCCAUCAAGCUUAAUCAGUUCAUAAUCUUAUGCUUUCAUUUUGUUGUUCGUCUCUUGUUCAAUUUCUUGUUCUCCUUUUCUGCUUCUUACUCUUUAUCUCCAACUCUUAGGCUUCUUCUUCCUCUUCUAGUCGACCUCGUAGUCUUGUCUUUCCUGUUCAGAGAGAUCCGUCUACCUUACAACACAUUAUCCAAUUAAGUCAAGGAACUCCGAGUGUCACUAGAAACCUAGUCCUCGAACUCGGCGGUGAACUCCCCUAUGUCCGUUGUGAUCAAAGCCAAACAUCUUCUACCUUCCGAUCAGUCGAUUGCAAGUCACCUCAAUGCUCACUUGCUAGCAAAUAUGUUGGCCCUGCAAUGUGCAAAAAGAAUAAAUGUAGCAUUUACACAUCUAACCCAAUAACUCAUUCACCCAAUAAACUUGAUCUCUUCUCAGACGCUGUGACUGCACAAUCUAGGUAUGUGCAGGACCCGAAGUCCCAAGAAUGGAUCCCAGGUCCAAAUGUCACGGCCACUGUGAUUUCAUUCGGUUGCGGAACUACAAGUGAUACGUUUAACAGACUUGCUAAGGGUGCUGAUGGAAUGGCUGGUCUAGGACGUUCGCAGUUUUCUUUAGUCGCACAGCUUGCAGCGUCAUUUCAUUUUCCUAGCAAAUUUGCUCUAUAUUUAUCACAGCAAGCCGGCUUCAUGUUCUUCGGGAAUAGACCAUACACUGCAUUCAGGGAAGGUGAUUUGGCUAAAGGUAUUUCUUACACCCCAUUCCUGAUUAAUCCAAAACAUAGUGACGAAUAUUUCAUUAAUGUAAAAUCUAUAAGUAUAGACGGCGAAAUCAUACCGAUAAACAAAACAUUAUUGGCCAUUAAUGAGAAUAAUGGAGUUGGAGGAACCAGAGUUAGCACCAUAGUUCCAAGCACCACUAUGGAGACGUCAAUCUACAAGGCCUUCGUUAGUGCUUAUGUUAAGAAAGCUGAAGCCAUGAAUAUUUCGAGGGUUGAUCCGGUUGCGCCGUAUGAUGCUUGUUUUAAUGCAUCAACAUUUGUGGUUAUGCGAGGAGGACUGCGAUUGCCGACGGUCAGUCUUGGCUUGCCGGAUAAUGUAGAGUGGCGGAUUCUUGAUCAACGAAAUAUCGUGAGAAAUGUUGAUCCUAACAUGUUGUGUUUAGAUUUUAUGGAUGGGGGUUUGAAUCCGAGAACGUCGAUUGUUAUUGGUCAGGGUACAUUACUUUUGACUCUUUUGGAGUUUGAUAUGAAAAAAUCAAGAUUGGGUUUUCGUCCUUAUGAUAUUUGAAUGAAUGUUCGUUCUAUUUAAUCCCUUACCAAGAAAAAGAAGAAAGAAGGACAAGUAACCCCCAUUUAGUGCAAGUUGACCAGAAAGAUAUAUGUAAAAUCAAGAUUGAACAAAUCUUAAUGUAAUUUCAUAUUCUAGUGAUUUUGAACAGAUAAA